AUGUCAAAAACAAUUUUGUCAUCAAUCUAUCGUUCUCUUGAUUUAUUACAUUUUUCUUCUAAAAAUUUAUCCUUAUUAUAUUCCUCCACAAAGUUGUCACCUAAGAUUCCAUACUUUUUUAUUUCUACACAGCAAUAUGCAACAAAAUUUACAACUUACUAUAAAGACGAUAGAUUUCACAAACCUUAUGAUAAUAUAGGUAAAGGUAACCCAGCGAUAAGACCAAAACAACCUUUGGGACCUGAUGGAAAAGAUGCGGAUAUAAGGUAUAAAGAAGGAAAGAGUCAACGUUAUAGAAUAAAUUUUGAGGAAAAUUAUGUUAAUGCUAGUAAAAGUUUAUUAGAAGAUUUUCCUCAAUGGUUGUCAGGCCUUAGGCUACAAAAAUAUAAAAAUUGUUUCAAUGGAAUGAAAUGGCAAGAAAUAAUUCAUUUUGAUGGUGAAAAAUUACAAAAAUUAGGAGUAAAUACAAUUGGAGCUAGAAAUAAAUUUUUGAAAACAUUCGAAGUGGUUAAAAAAAGCCUUAAUGUAAAAUAA